CAGUGUUUUGGUUUUCCCACAGAAAGAUCUUGUGUGUCAAGACGUUUCGUCAAUUUAAAUAGAAUGUCUCUCUGAUAUUAAUUUUCUAGUCAUUUUGUGGUUAUGUUUAUUUGAUUGCGUGCAAUAUGUUUUGGAAUUUCGUGUGUCUUUUGUUUAUGGUCUUAUCGCCGGUACUUACAGCUGUAGUGCAGGAGACGCCAGGACUCUGCAGUUCUGGAGAGUUCCAAUGCGGAGAUGGUGCAUGUAUCAGCUUGGAUCAAGCUUGCAACGGGAAGGCGGACUGUAUGGAUGGCCGCGAUGAAGAAGCGUGCAGUGGUAUAGGUCAAGUGAAUCCUUUAGAAGGCUCGAUUUUACAUCGAUCAAGGAGACAGGCGAGUUGCGGGCGCAAUCAGUGGCGAUGUCGCGACGGAACUUGCAUAGGUUUCGACGGCAAGUGCGACGGUGUGGUCGACUGUCCCGACGGCAGCGAUGAGACAUUCCCCCUCUGCAGGAAUAUGAAAUGCCAAAGCAACUGGUUCAAAUGCACGUACGGCGCGUGCGUGGACGGGACGGCGCCGUGCAACGGUGUCCAGGAGUGCGCUGAUGAUUCCGACGAGCUGCUGCCGCGCUGCCGGAACGACACCGAGGAAAUCAACGGCCAGUUCCGCUGCGACAACGGGCAACUGAUCUCCGCAGCAGACCGCUGCGACGGCAAACCAGACUGUGCAGAUGGCUCCGACGAGACGGUCCGCUCGUGUGCGGGCAACAAGUGCCCCGGGUACCUGUUCCAGUGCGCGUACGGCGCGUGCGUGGAUGAGGGGUCUGAUUGUGACAAUAUCAAAGAGUGCGCAGACGGUUCAGAUGAGUCAGACGAGUUGUGCAACAGAACAGCGACUAUAACAACUACGACAUUCGCCCCGCAAACCGGCAAGUGCGUGGUCCCCCCGCACCCCGCGAACGGGCGGUACAUAGUGGCCGGGGUGGGGACCGCGGUCCCGGGUUCUCGGUUCCCGGUGCUGAGCCUCAACGUGUCCUGCAGCGCGGGCUACCGGCCGCGGGCGGAGCCCACUGUGCUGUGCGUCGAUGGCGCCUGGUCGGGCGACUACCCGCAGUGUACACGCUUCUGCCACCUGAACCCGCACGAGAGCGUGACGUACCGCUGCCUGCUCUCCGGCUCGAACUCGCUGGAAGGUUCCAGAAUAUGCGACAGAGACGAGCCGGACGGGACGAUCGCGCGGCCGGAGUGCAACCGGCCGAACUACUACUCGCCCGCCGUGCUGCCGCUGAUGCGCUGCGCCGACGGCAACUGGGACUUCACGCCCACGUGCCAGCCAGGUUUGGUGAAACACGGCGCUAACGUCACUAUCAUCGUACAAGAUGCCGUCCAGGUGUACGUGUCGCACUUCCAAUAUGGCGGCCCGGCUGCGGGCGCUCCGGCGCCGGCUCGCAGGCGCAACGAUACGGUUGUUGUGAUACAUUCGGAUACAGAUAAUGUCAUACGUGUUAAUACGGAUACGAACACGAUUUCAAAUUCAAAUUCAAUUUCAAAUUCAAAUUCAAAUGCAAAUUCAAUUUCAAAUGCAAAUUCAAAUUCAAUUUCAAAAGCAAAUUCAAAUGCAAAUGCAAAUAUAGAUAAUGUUUUAACAACAGUCGGUCCAAUAACCGAAGAAAUAGACUCGGGCAGAAAGGAUUAUAACAUCGAUUACGGCGAUUGGAGAAUAGGUUCGAACUCGGCUAAGGGAAACAAUUUCAAUUUUUAUUUCAAUGGAAAUCAGUCGAAAAUUCUAGUGAACGCGCCAGAUUCUAAGAUUUAUUUUAAAGAUUAGCUGUAUGUUGGUUUGUGUCGCCGUA